AAGAACGAAGAACAUUUAUUUGGUGCUUGAUAGAAAAAUAAACUGGUGGAGAAUUUAGCCGAUUGCCAUUCGGACACGACGUAGGAAAGUGUUGAAACUAAACAAUAUUACAUAUUCAAAAUGGCAUUCCCAAGGUACGUUAUAGAUCCAGAAACCACACGGCUUGUGACGUAUGAAAGCAAUAUCAAGUCCGGCACUCACGGCGAAGUGUACCAAAAGCAGCUAGCCCAAGUUCUUUUGCUUAGACUGACACGAAAAGGGAAGAAUUUCCAAUUAGCUUACGAAAUGACAUCAGCGGAAAAGUUUGACGACGUGGUAUUGUACGACGAAGCAGCCAAGCAAUGGAUUUUUCUACAAUCAAAACAUGCCCAUGGCAAAGAUUCAAAGAUAGAUAUCAAUGGCUUGCUACCAAAAUCGAAUUGGGAUAAAGGAGAUUUCAGUUUGUACAAAUAUUUCCAUUCCUACAUGAUAGUUCGAAACAGAUUCAAAGGCAAUAAAAACUUCAUACUGUUUACCAACAAAAAACUUGAUGAAAAGUUAAAGAGUGCGGGUGCUUUCAUGUCCAUCGAAGAUCGAGAUAUAGAAAAUUAUCUUCGCUUUACUUCUGAAGGAGCAACCCACAAAUUACUAACUCCAACUGAAUCGACAAUUCAAACCAUCAUGAAAUACACCAACAAAGAUUUCUUUACGCUGAAGGACGCUAUCAAGGCACUUUUCACUGAAGGAACUAUUACAAAGGAAUUGCUGAAAUACAAAGAUUAUUUGAAUGAUAUUUUGAAGCAAUCAGGAAACUAUCAAAUAAGAUUCAAGGAUACCUUCAACGACUCAUUGAUUUUCAUUGCUAAAUUAUACAAAGCGCUGCAAUCAGAGCUAGCCGAUUCCAAGCCUAUUAAUAAACCACAAGAACUCGUUAUUGAAGAAGAAGCGUAUGAGUCUCCAAGUUACCCAUCAAUGGAAGGCCGGGAUUUCGAACACCUGAUUGACGCCAUCAAAGAUCUUUUUCGUAGCGGGAUUGCAUCCGAUUAUUUAAAGAAGUACGGCCAUCUUCUAGCUUUGAUUCUAACAACAACUGCAAAUGGUCAACUAGCAUUCAAAGACACUUUUAAUAGUGAUAUAAUCUGUAAAGCUGAACUGUAUAGAAUAUUGAAGGCUGAAUUGAGUGACAUGGAUAAGGAUAAGGUUACUACGGAUCAGAAACUCUUCAUUGGACCGGAUUCACCGAACAAACACAAUCCAAUGCUAUUAUAUGCGGAGGCAUCUGACGUGAGGCAAUUCUUCAUGCUACUUACAUUGUCAGUGCAUCAACCAUAUGAGUUAGAACCUAUCAUCGUCGAGGAGUUGCACUCGUGGAUGAGGAAGUGGCUUCGACCUGACGUUUUAGGUAAGCUUACCGAAGACGAUGAUAAAAAUGCGGUGAAAUGUUUGGACGAUUAUUUUGACGCAACGCUUAAAUGCGCAGAAGGUAAUUCUAAAAAAUACUUGACUAAAGAUUUUGUCACGGAAUAUUUUGACAAGUUUAUGUAUAAAAUUGUAGAACUUUAUCCAGUAUUGAAUGAAACAAAUCAGUUAUAUAUCAACAGGGUGCUUGUUUUUGAAAAAGAGGAUAUUGAUGCACAAAAAAUUUGGCAAGACGCUCAAUUUGACGAAAACAUGGAAUUUGAGCUAGAUCGUAGUUCAGGAAGAGUGAUUUUACCUACUGCAAGAAAUAGGCGCGACAUGGGAGAAAAACUAUCAUAUUCUGGUGAAACUUACGAGGAAAUGACUGACAGUCAGUUUGCAGCAAAUCUGAGGACUAGAUUUUCACGUUAUCAGUGUUUAGUUUUGACAGCAGACCCUGGGCUAGGUAAAACCGCACUACUACAAUACGUUGCUCUUGAACAUCAAAGCCUCACGUCAGGAGCAGUUUUCUUAUUUUACUUGACCUUGAUUCAAAACUCCAGAGACGUUUUUGACAAUGCAUCAUCACUGGAUAUUCUCAAAUCUGCGUUAUCUCAAAAGAAUGUAGAACUCUUACAGAACGUUUUACAGAAUAACUCUGAUAAUCAAAUUACAAUGCUGUUUGAUGGGUAUGACGAAAUACAUAAGACAAAUAAACACAAAGUAAACAAACUGUUCAAAUUAUUAUUAAAAUCGCAACACAUUCAACUUGUAAUAAGUGUGAGAAAUCAUGAGAAAAACAUAUUGCGGAGCUUCUUGUCAAACCACAAGUUGAAAGUCGGAUACUUUACAUUAAAUCCGUUUAGUGGUGAAAACAUUAUCGAAUACCUUGCACAAUCUUGGAACGAAAAACCUGUUACUAGUUCCAAAUUUAAUUCGUAUUGUAAAUUUUUGGUCGAGAAAUUUUACACGUUGUGCAGAGUUCCACUUAUGGUAAAAAUGAUGGCAGAAACAUACAAAGAUGGAUUCGAACAAUUCAAAGCAUCCAGUGUCGAUAAAGAGAGUGAAAUAAGCUAUUUAGAAAAAGAGUUUUUGGAAGUGGAGCAUGUUUACGAAGUUUUCAUAAGAAACUGUUUACUAGUGAAGAUAAGACUUGCAUAUAAUGACGUCGAGAUAGUCGAUUCAAACAGACAAAUUUUAGAUGGGUUUUAUCUUGACCAUCAAUUAUUGGCAAUUGAUUUUCUUGAUGUUACUGAGCUUAAAUUUAUCUUCAAAAACCCGAAAUACUUGGAAAAAUGGGACAGUAUCCGAAAUUUUCAUCUGAACCAGUUUGAAAAGUCAAUUAUUGUAAAAUUUGUUGACGAUAAAGUUGUUUUCUCUCAUUAUUCUUACGCCGAGUAUUUUGUUGCAAAAUUUCUGUGGGAUGAUUUCGUUUAUUUGCAGAACACCGUUAAAAAUGUUUUGUCUUCUUUUACGGGAAUACGAAAUUUUUUUAUAAAAAUAAUUGAAAAGAAAAUCAAAUUAUUUGAGUCAAUAAAUGCUCAAGAAACGUCUUUCGUUUCUAAUGAAGUUGUUUAUUGGGCUUGUGAAGGCAAUGCCAUGAAUUUGUUAGGAUGUGCGCUUUCGAAAUCAUUUCAGCUUAGUCCAAACAUAGGCGAAAUGUUUCGCAUUGCAAUCAAAAACGGAAGGGAUAAAAUAUGUUCUUAUUUGGUUGAUAACUUAAUGGUUAACCCCAAUAUAAGGUUUGCUGGUGGUCGAACUCCUUUGUAUGCGGCAGUAAUAUACAAACAAAGCCAUUUGGUUCAGUUACUGCUAGACAAAGGAGCAUACGUUAAUAUGCAGAGUGAAAUGGAUAGUUUAAAAACCCCUCUUCAUCUGGCAUGCGAGAAAGGCCAUAAAGAAGUUGUAGGCAUAUUACUGAAAGAAAAGGCGUACAUUAACGUAUUGGAUAAAGAAAACUGGACACCGCUUCAUUUGGCAUGUCGGUAUGGCCAUAAAGAUGUUGUGGAAAUGUUAAUAAAAGGAAAAGCUUACAUUAACGCAUUGAAUCGCGAGAACUGGACACCACUUCAUUGCGCAUGCCAUAAUGGCCAUAAAGAGAUUGUGGAACUUCUAAUAAGUAAAAAUGCCAACGUUAAAGCAUUGGAUUGUGAGAACUGGACACCACUCCAUUGCGCAUGCCUAAAUGGGCAUAAAGAGGUUGUGGAAAUGUUAUUAAGAAAAAAAGUAAACAUUCACGCAUUAGAUCACGAAAAUAGGACACCACUUCACUAUGCAUGCCGGAAUGGUCAUGAAGAGGUUGUGGAAAUAUUACUAAGAGAAAAAGCCAAGAUUAACUCGUUGGAUUGCAGAAACUGGACACCAUUGCAUGUGGCAUGCCACAGGGGACAUACAGAGGUUGUGGAAAUAUUAGUUAGAGAGAAGGCCAACAUCGACGUAUUGGCUUACAAAAGCUGGACAGCUCUGCAUUUGGCAUGCUGGAUUGGUAAUAAAGAGAUUGUAGAAAUAUUAAUAAGGGGAAAGGCCAAUAUUGACGCAUUGGCUAAAAAGAACUACACGCCGCUUCAUGUAGCAUGCCGUUGUGGACAUACAGAGGUUGUAGAAAUAUUAAUAAGAGAAAGAGCUAACUUGGACGCCUUAGAGCACGAUAAUUGUACACCGCUUCAUUUGGCAUGUUGGAAUGGUCAGAAAGAGGUAGUGGAAAUUUUGAUAAGAGAAAAAGCCAACAUUGAAGCACUGGCGAAGAAAAAAAUGACACCGCUUCAUUUAGCAUCCCGGUAUGGUCAUGAAGAGGUUGUGGAAAUAUUAAUAAGAGAAAAGGCCAAAAUUGACGCAUUGGAUCACGAAAGCUUUACACCGCUGCAUUUAGCAUGCUGGCACGGUCAUAUAGAGGUUGUAAAACUAUUAAUUAGGGAAAAGGCCAGCAUUGAUAUAUUGGCUCAGGAAAAAUUUACACCGUUUCAUUUAGCACUCCAGCAUGAUCAUAGGGAAAUUUUAAACAUAUUAACGCACGAUUUUCACGUAGAUUAAAAAAAAUUACAAUAAAUCGCAAAAAUUCGUCCUGAAAGAAACCAAUGCUCAAACAUCUUGUUGGAAUCGAUUGAAUUUUCAGAAGUGUCAAACAGAUGUUGUUCCUCGAGUUCUUUUCUUGUCAAAUAUUUGACCCUGUGUACUUACAACCUUAUUGUUUAUUCACCUGAAAAAUCGGGGACUGCGACGCGUCGGUUUGGGGGAGCCCUAACCGAUUGGCUGCGACUUUCCAUCACACUAGAUCGGGAAUACCCAAAAAAUGAGUACCGUCAUUGGGGGUGAGAAUGGGUCAAAAAUGCAUGCUUCCACAUUCAUCUUGCAAUAAA